GAUUGCGGUGUAGAAUUGCAUCAUCGUCCGUGUUGACAGGUUGAAUUUCUUCAGCUGCCUCAGGAAGUACAUCCUCUGCUGGGCUUUAUUUGCUGCUGUUAUGGAAAUUUUAACAAUAACCUGCAACACACCCAGUGAGCUUGAGUUGAAGUGGGUUUAAUAAACACAUUGCAAUGUGGAGAAAACGUUCAGGUCAAACACCAAACAGUUUUCUGAGGAAAGACACCGCCCAUGAACAAUUUUAUACCUUCCCAAACACUGUCAAACAAAGAGCGUUCCACAGCACAUCAUUUAUCUCUAUACCUUCAGUCCAACUCAUCCUUGACUCCCCCCCAAUCCAAGGAAAGUUAUGACCUCCCGUCACCUCCCUACAAGCAGGAAGCCUGUAGACCUUCAACUUUAUAACAGGGCCCCCACCUAAACAUCCACAUCCCUCGAUAAGCAAAAGGAGUCUCACUAUCUAUUUAAUGUCUCCCUUACAAAGGUCUCACUGUGUGUGUAGAGCACAAGGCCCCUCUGUAGUCAACAUGCAUACAACUAAGUGAGAAAGUGAAAUUACUAUAACUAAUGUGAUAUGAUUAAAUAUGUGAUUAAUACACGAGAAAAGAAAUCUGCCACCACACUGCAGAGCUUACUCCACUCUCCAGGUUUUGGUCAUAGUGAUGGGUCUGAUCCUAUGACAACUGGGAUAGGCUCCGCCUGCGACCCUGAUAAGGACAGGCUGAAGAGAAUGGAUGGAUGGAAGUGACAGAUCAGAAAAACAUCACAGCUACACCUGGACAAAAGAGCGUCACUUUGCCAUGUCGAGCUCCAAACAACAACAACAACAUUGUUGUUCUAGAGUGGAGCAGAGCUGACCUGGGAGAGAAAUAUGUGCUUCUGUCACGGGAUGAGCAGCUUGAUCCAGAAAACCAGCAUCCAUCUUUUAAGAACCGGGUGGAGCUGCUGGACAGACAGAUGAAGGAUGGAGACGUGUCUUUGAUUCUGAAGGAUGUGACGACUACUGAUAAUGGGACAUACGAGUGUCGUGUCGUCCAGAGAGGAACUAAACGUAGAAAGAGAGCUGUUUUAGAUGGUGACCCCAUCAGCAGCAUCACCCUGAGUGUUGUUGAUCCUCCAGGUCAGACAGGAGGAGACACAGAGGCUGGAGGGAAGGAGGCUGGAGGGAAGGAGGCUGGAGGGAAGGAGGAUGGAUCUGUUGUACUGAUCACUGGUCUGAGUGUUUCUGUUGUGCUUCUUGUUGCUGCUUUUGCUGUUUUUUUGAUCUACAGAAAACAUAAACAACAGCAGAGUCAGGAUUCAUACCAGCCUCCUGUUGAACUUGAACCUGUUUGAAAUGUCAGCUUAACUGUGAUUCUUGUGCUUUGCUUUCAGUCGUGUCACUGAAAAUGUGGAAAGACAGAAAUCAGUAAAACUAAACAUCUAGCAGGUAUCUGUCAGACACGUCCAGAUUUUACUUUUAAUUUACAUUUUACAUCAGAAAAGAGGAGAAAGUUGUUUGGAAUAUAAACAGUAUUUGUCUGAUAUGACUCAGGAUCCUUUGAUCACAUGUUGCUGGUGUUUGACUCGUUUUAAAUGUAAUUACAUUAAAAUGAAACCAAAGAAAAAAACAUUUCUAUGUAGCUGCAGAGUCCAACAUUUCCUCCCUUUGACCUGAAACGAUUCAGCUUUAUUGAACUUUACCUUCCAUGAAGGAGACUCUUCAGUCUGUUACUGUCCAGUUGUUACUUUCAUUUAUAUAUUUUCCCAACAAAGAUCCACAUGUGUUAGUACUUAAUGUGUUUUUUUUAUUCCAACAUUUCCUGUGGCUGUACUUUGUUUUUGUUUCUAAUCAGAAGCUCUGACUUCCUGAAACUGUUGAUGCAGAUUUUGUCACCUUGAGUCGAUCCAAAAUAAAUAUAACCAUGUGUGAA